ACUAUUGGUUGAUCUAUGUGUCAAUCAUCUAGCGAAGUGGGCGGGUCUACAGCAAAAAUGGCGACUUUAUCUGUCGGAGAGCCUCAAGAGAUGGAAGUUGACAGGAGGGGUGAGUCUGAGGAAUCUGGUGAUGAUGAGACCAAGAGGAAGAGUCUCAAUGGAGAGGUCGACUCUCUGCAAGCCCCUUCCACUGUACCUGAGGAGUCACCCGUUGACAUGGACACCAUAACCUUAGACCCAGAUGAAGAGGAUGUGGAUCUGGUCCACUGUCGCAUUGGGAAGAUUGAGGGUCUGGAGGUUCUCCGGAAGGCAAAGACAAUUUCUCUCAGACAAAACCUCAUCAAACGGAUUGAGAACUUGGACAGUCUUGUUUCAUUAAAGGAACUUGAUCUUUAUGACAACCAGAUCCGUAAACUAGAGAAUCUUCAGGCCCUAACAGAGCUUGAGCAGCUAGAUGUAUCGUUCAACAUAUUGAGGAAGAUUGAGGGAUUGGAUUGUCUCACAAAAGUCAAGAAGCUCUUCUUGCUUCAUAAUAAGAUUACAAACAUUUCCAACCUCGAUCAGCUGACGAGCCUCCAGAUGCUUGAGCUGGGCUCUAACCGCAUCCGGGUUAUUGAGAAUCUGGAUUCUCUUAGUUCUUUGGAGAGUUUGUUCCUUGGCACGAAUAAAAUCACUCAACUACAGAACCUUGAUGGAUUGCACAAUCUGACGGUCCUCAGUAUCCAGAGUAAUCGCAUCACGAAGUUGGAGGGACUCCAGAAUCUUGUGAACCUGCGAGAGCUUUACUUGAGUCAUAAUGGCAUUGAAGUCAUGGAGGGCCUGGAGAACAAUAAAAAGCUAACAACUUUGGACAUCGCUGCAAACAGGAUAAAAAAGAUUGAAAAUAUCAGCCAUCUGACUGAUUUAAAAGAAUUUUGGAUGAAUGACAACCAGAUAGAUAACUGGGGAGACUUGGACGAACUCAAGAACGCCAAAGGUCUAGAGACUGUCUAUCUGGAGAGAAACCCCCUGCAGAAGGACCCUCAAUACAGACGCAAGAUCAUGUUGGCGCUUCCCAAUGUCAGGCAGAUCGAUGCCACCUUCAUUCGUUUCUGAUCAUCCACUUCACCUGCCCAGCCCAGCCAUCCACUGCAUAUUACAAACACAAUGCCACCAUAUCUCCCUCAUGCACCUCAUGGCCCUAUUUACCUCUUUUAUUUAACAAAAAAAUAUCUCACACUCCAAGUGUUGCCAUUCCAUGUGCCAGCACCUUUUACUCACACUGAGCCUAUAUAACUAUGCUCUGACUUAUCCUAUAGCGUGAAUGCUUGUUAAUUUAUUUUUACUUUAAGACCUGAUCAGUGUGAGCUGAGAGGAGCUGAUACCUAUCGCACAGAAAAUAUAUCAAUGCUGACCCUUACUGCUCUUAGCAUUUUGGCUAGGGCAUGAUUUCAUUCUAGUCCCUUCCAUCCUUCUAGGUGAUAGGCUAAAAUCAGACAUUUCUACCCUGUAUGAUUUUACAUCAGGCAUUGAGAGGUGGUAAGAACGUCACAUUGCAUUCAGGGACUGAAGACAGCUGUUAGGAAAUUCUCAUUCUUUGGUGUGAUCAGGGACUAUUUCUUUGAGUGAUAUGUAUGGCUACACUCAUGGAUUCAAUUUGCAUAUCAGUUCUGUUUCUGGUUGUAGCAGUAUGUUGAAAUAUUAGCUGGUUGAAAUGUGACAACACAUUGUUCACCUUUCGUCAAUACUGAAUAUAUAAUAACAGCCUCAAUGAGAGAUUAAUCCCAUUUUAAAAGGUUCAUGGCAGUUUAGAUGUUCUACAGAGCAAGGUGAAAUUAGGUGAUUGCUUUUUUAGACCUUUUUUUGAACAACUAAAUAUCACAUGCACUCAAAAUAUUCACACACUUCAUAUUAAUGCAUGACCUGAGAAGUAAUUUUGUCCCCCCCUAAUAGGAGGUGAAUGGAAGAGGCCAUAUUGUGGUGACGGUGUUAGGCCACUCCCAUUUGACCAGUGGGAGGGGGGUUUGAGAGGGCUCAGCUGAUGCUGUAUAAAAUGAACCCAACCCCUUUUAAAAGGGUCAGAGAACAACUGUGUAUGAUUGCUUUUAAUUUGCUCAAAUUUUCACUUUGUUUUACAAGCUUGGUUGACUGUUUCAGAAUUGAAUGUACUAUAAAUAAUAAACUGAAUUUGAACUGCU